CUCGGCCCGACCUGGCCAGGCGCGGCCCAACAAGGCAACAGCCAUCCCGCUCGUCCCAGGGCAGGGGCACGGCACGGCAGGGACGAUUCUCCUCGCCGCCGGACGCGACGGCCACAACACCGGAACCGGAAGGAGAGAAAAUAAUCGGAAUAAAUCCGCAUUCCCCACUCCCCAUCCUGGAAAUAUCCCUCAAUCCCUCGCCCUCCUCCGCCGCCGCCGGCCGCCAGAUCUCCGGCCAUGGACGACGACGCCGCGGACUCCCCCUCGCCCUCCCCGUCGCGCUCCUCCUCCCCGCUCCCCGUCACCAUCGCUGCCGCUCCGCCCGGCCACGUCGCCGUCGCCAUCCCCCUCCGCAAGCUCUCCCCCUCCAGCGGAGGCGGCGGCGGCGGGGGCCGGGAGGACGCGUGGAGCGACGGCGCCACCUCCGCGCUGAUCGACGCCUGGGGGGAGCGCUUCGUCGCGCUCGGCCGCGGCAGCCUCCGCCACCCGCAGUGGCAGGAGGUCGCCGAGGUCGUCUCCUCCCGCGGCGGCUACUCCAAGGCGCCCAAGUCCGACGUCCAGUGCAAGAACCGCAUUGACACCCUCAAGAAGAAGUACAAGAUCGAAAAGGCCAAGCACGACUCCUCAUGGCCCUUCUUCCACCGCCUCGACGACCUCCUCGCCCCCGUCCACAAGCCCGGGCUGCCCAAUUCUUCCUCUGCGGCUUCCGCGGCGGCGGCGGCCGCCCGGAGCGCCAUGCCUAUGAUGCCGCCGCGCCUCAAUUUCCCGCAGCGUACCCGCACGCCACUCCAGUCUUCGGCGGGGGCCAAGCGGAGGAUGCCAUCGCCGCCGCCCCAGCCGUCGGCGUCGUCCGAGUCCUCGGACGGGUUCCCACCGGAGCCACCAUCGGCCGUGGCGAACGGGAAGAGGCGGCGCGUGGAGGAGGCGGCCCCCGCGAACGGCGCUGAGAGCAGCAACCGCGCGCAGGGCCUGCGUGAGCUGGCGCAGGCGAUCCGGCGGUUUGGGGAGGUGUACGAGCGCGUCGAGAGCGCUAAGAGGGACCAGGAGGUCCGGAUGGAGCGGGAGCGCCUCGACGCUGCGCGGCAGCUCGAGGACCAGCGCGUGCAGUUCUUCCUCAAGACGCAGAUGGAGCUCUCCAAGGCCAAUGGCGGCGCCCCCUCGUCCGCAACCAUGGCUGUUGCCACCGCUGCUGACGGCGACGGCUCAAGGAGAUCAGCCAUGGCCGCCGAUGUCGCGACAAGCAGCAAUCACCGUGUCCGGUACCGCAUCAAGGACAGCAGGCACCGCCACACCCCGCAGCACCCACAUUACCAGAACAACGCCGGCGCGGCCUCCCCUGCCUCUGGCAACGGCAGCGACUCGGACAACAAGGAAGAUGAGGAGGACGUGGACGAUGAAGAGGAAUAGAGCCAGCAAUGGCUCUCCUCCGAUCCUCUCUAUCGACGGUGAUUCAAGCAAUUUUUAUCUGUCAAUUGGUAUUCUUCUCUUUAGAAUUGCUCCCAGGAAGGCUGAUCUGGGAGCUAAGAAAUGACUGGUGAGUACAACUAGGUGGUAGUGGUGGUGUUAGCAACAAGCAAUGGAGUGGCAAAGUUAUGGUAAGUACCUGUGAGAAGUGGGGUGAGUGUGUAACCUGUACCUGCCUGUUUCUGCUCGUGAUUGUGAUCUUGGGUCGAGAAACUGUCGUGGAGAAUGUGUCAGCAAAUGUAACAUGUUUAUUUGUGUGGCAAUGCUAGCUGUAUCUGCGAUUGUUCUUGGAA